CCUUCUUGUGGCUGACCGCCGGAUGAGGAGGUGGGGGACGGAGACACAGAGAGAGAGAGAGAGUAGAAAUGGGCAGCAGUUGCCCCGUCUUCCUCUCGUCUGCGCUCCCACCAGCCAUCUCUCGCAGCACGCCCAACGGUAGAAGCAGCUCCAGAAGUAGAGCCAUAUCAGUGUCAGCUGGACAUUGUGACAGCUCCAAUUUGGAAGAUGACAACAGGAAGCAGAGCAACUCUGAGUGUUCGUCAAACACAGAAAACCUGAAGAGGAAUCGCCUUCUGCCUUCAAGGCGCAAAUGUCUUGCAUGUUUGUGUGCAAAUCUAGCAUUAUUAAAUGCUUCAGUGUUCUCUAUUUGUCCGCCUAAUGGAAUCGCCUUGGACAUGGUGGAUGGGUCGUCUGGGAAAGAAAAAGCCGUUUGCCGGAAUUGUGGGGGCACUGGUGCUAUAAUAUGUGACAUGUGUGGUGGCACAGGUAAGUGGAAAGCUCUCAACAGAAAGCGAGCAAAAGAUGUUUAUGAGUUUACUGAGUGCCCAAACUGUUAUGGUCGCGGAAAGCUGGUAUGUCCAGUGUGUCUAGGGACAGGUUUGCCCAAUAAUAAGGGGAUGCUCCGAAGACCUGAUGCACGAAAAUUACUGGACAAGAUGUACAACGGCAGGCUCUUGCCCAACUCUUAAUAUUUUCUGAACUGCUUCAUGCUUGCCAUCUGAAAUGAAUUUCCACUACAUCAAGAAAGGACUAUGAGGCCAACAGCUUGAAAUCUCAUCCCCAGUAUACAAUCAAAUGCAAUGGUUGGUUAUCAUACAAUAGUACUCGAGUUUUGACACCAGUGAUGCUAACAGAUGUUUCAUACAUUGUCUGUAAAUUUUACAUCAUCGUCUGCAACUGAGUGGACAAUUAGAUGCUUCAAUAAGCUUAUUUUUGUUCUUUGCUGAAGAUUUUUUUAAUGUUAUUCUUUCUGGACUAUGUAUGGUAUGGGCAUGUAUUAUGUAUAGCCCUUUCUAAUAGAACAUGGCAUGAUUCAUCUUUUGAAGGCUAAA